AUGGAGGGCAAAAUCGACAACCUGGCAAUGGAGGAGGAGAAUCUGGCAAACCGAGAUGAAGAAGUGGAGACCUGGUUGAAAGGAUGGGCAGCAGAGGUGACCCAUGCGCUCUGCACUUGUCUGGACCAGCAGAAAGACCAGAUGCAAAAACACACUGAGUUAAGAGUUCUGGUCCAGGAGAAACAACAUAAGAGUCUUUGGAGUAGCAGUGGGACAGCAGGGGAACUUGGUACCUUGAUUUAUUGAAAAACUUAGCCGACUUAGCCGUAUUGGGCUGCCAAUACCUGAAGAUCUGGAGCUGGAAAUACAGUGGCGAUCUCUCUCUAGUUAUCAACUUUCAAGCGUUCACAACCAAGGAUAUGGUGCUGAAAGACGAUUGGAAAAAAAGACUGUCAUGACUUUCCUAUGAAGAAUACAAUGAGAUAAGAAAAGUUCUGAAGGAGAAGGUUAUUCCCUUUCAAACACCAUACAUGAGCAUGCUGAUUCACUGGAGCAAGGGGUUCAAACAUAUGCCGGCACACAGGAGGUACAGCGGGGGCCUGAGACCUGUACAUUCCCCUGUGGAGGAACCAGUGUGUCAGGGGGGGACACAGCAGCCUGGAGUCUGGCUCAACAAGCUGCUGGGAUGGCAGCAGGUUGCAGACCCCCACAUGAGAAGGUUGGCUGCUGUCCGGAGAGCAAAAGAAAAACUCCAGGAGUUUCAAAAGGAACGCGCCGAACGAAUACGAGUGAGGACCCAAUCGUCAAGUAUAAAUAUGGCUUUCAACACUCAGACUCUAAAAUAA